CAAUUCCCCGUUUUUGUCCCUGUCUCUUCUUCACUAAAAUGGAGUCCAUCGUCGCUGCCUACGGUUCAUCACCCGAGUCUUCAGACGACGCUGCUUCGUCCUCGACGGACAGCGAAGUGGAAUGUGCACAUGCUGGGGAAGAUGCGCAUGUUGGCACCAAGCGGAAGCGCUCCGAUGAGCGGCAGUGGAAACGAGCUUUCCCUCACGUUGAUGGCAAUUGGCCGAGCCACGUACGAAUCGAUGUCCCCGUCUCCGACGAGCUUCGUGAGCUGGCCAGAUACGCUAUUGAGCGUGCUCAGGAUAUUGUCGGUGAAGCAGUAUCAUUGGUGCCUUUCGAAGAGCUUGGGCUUAGCGAACCUUCUACGGAAGCAAACAAUACGUUGCACUUGAGUCUCUCGCGGCCGUUUGUUCUCACCUACAACCAGAUAAAUGGCUUCGUGGACUCGCUCCGUGCUGCACUCAAAUGGCAACAACGAUUCAAUGUUACCCUACGGCGCGCUCUCGUGUUGGUGAACGAUGAGAAGACACGCUCGUUCCUGGCGCUUCGAGUUGACGAGGGAGAGCAGCAGUUCACUCAAGUGCUGCGCUGCGUGAACCAGUGCCUCUCGCGCUUCGAGCUACCUACCUACUACAAGGUACGCCUUCCCCUCUCCAGUUUUGCAUGAAACUGAGCGGUAAUAUUCAAGCUUUUAUGUCGUUGUGUUUGCUGUCUAUGGCGCGGAUUGCGCUGCUCGCUCGCGUUGGGGUUGAUUCUGAUCGUGUAGGAUCCCAUUCCGCAUGUUAGCAUCGCCUCUUCACUGGGCGAAGAGCUUGCGCAACUAACAUCCGACCAAUGUGAAAGCCUCGUCACACCCCAACAGGAAAAGCAGCACGUGGGAUCACCACGCUGCAUUACGGCAAGCGUAGCAACAGUUCACGCGCCAUAGGUAACAAACACUACGACAUUCCACUCCGUUGAGUUGCCAGUCCGACCCCUGUCCUCCUCGUCCAGCUUGAUAGUGUAAAACUUUCGUCUCCCAUGCUGCCACCGUCGAAACCACCUGACAUGUCACUCACUUUCUGUUUCGGAAGCGAGAUCGAUAACUUCAGUCCGACCGCCGAUUUCAUCCAGCAUGGCAUCAUGAUCCUGCGCUGUCAUGACCGGUGCCGCUGAUCUCAGUGGCACUGGUAAUGACAGUGGAAACGGUUUGCCUCCCACAUCUUCAUCAUCUGAGCUGAUAUCCGAUAAAGUGAACACUGGCGCAUCGUCUGCCUGCUUGCUAGUAUCUCCACGAGCUCCUCGUUUUGCGUGCCCCUGCCCGUUCAUAUCCGCACCUUCAAAUAUAAGACGAAACGGUGAUAAUACGUCAGUUCAACAACAACUUUAUCCAGUACACAAAUUUCGCCACAUGUACC